GCCACUUGCCGCGCGCCUUUCCGACGUCACACCAAUUUUGAAUUUGCAACCGCCAUCUUUGGCCAGUUUUUUGGUUUCCGUGGAGUGCAAUGACCAGUGUGCCGCUGCUCACUUAGUGAUGGACUGUCCGCUUCCAGCUGUUCAGUGUUAGGCAGUUAGUUGUUCCUUUCCUCGGCCGCUAUGGACAGCGCAAGCUGCUGCUGAUCUUGGAGUGCCACCUACGAUUGCAGAUAUAACAUACUUGUCUCCAAGCUACCAAGAUGCAGCCGUUCCAAUCAACUGCGCGGCCCGAGGGUCCCCGGGAGUCCUCUCCAGAACGAGCCAAGUCCCCGGACACGCCCACAGCACCCGUCCUAAACUUCUCCAUAGCAAGACUCAUGGAACCUGAUAGAAAGAAGUCAGUAUCCCCUGAAGCUCCUCCACCACCACCAGGAUUCCUAUCGUACGGAGCUCAACUUCUAGAUUCAGCGUUUAAACAAUAUAUUCCAGCGGCUAGAAGACAACUUGUAUCGCACUAUCCUUUACUGUACUACGGUCCCGACUUAGUCUCUCUCACAUACGCCCACCAGCUGCAGCUGCCCCGACCACCUCCACCGACAUCACCAGUCCAGCGUCCACCCAGCCCUCGUCCUCCCGCUGCAGACCACGCCGUGUCAUCCACCACUGGCCCGACGCCUUCCCCUGCAAAAAACAAAAGCUUUGCUUGCGGAGACUGCGGCAAAGUAUUCAACGCGCACUACAACCUCACUAGACACAUGCCAGUACACACUGGUGCCAGACCAUUUGUUUGUAAAAUAUGUGGCAAGGGGUUCCGACAGGCGUCCACGCUGUGCAGACACAAAAUAAUACACACCUCGGAGAAGCCACACAAGUGUCUGACUUGUGGCAAAGCAUUCAAUAGGUCGUCGACCUUGAACACUCACGCCAGGAUCCACGCAGGGUACAAGCCCUUUGUCUGCGAAUUCUGUGGCAAGGGGUUCCAUCAAAAAGGCAACUACAAGAACCACAGACUGACCCACAGCGGGGAGAAGGCGUACAAGUGCAGCAUCUGUAACAAGGCAUUCCACCAGAUCUACAAUCUCACGUUCCACAUGCACACACACAACGAACGGAAGCCGUUCACCUGCAGCAUCUGUGCUAAAGGGUUCUGCAGGAACUUCGACUUGAAGAAGCAUACGCGUAAAUUGCACCUGGGUGCCGGCAGCUCUAAUAACGGAGACUCCUCUCUGGACACGCAGGACGAGUCCACGCAGGAGGCUACCACCAGCCCCGUGGAAGACGCGAGCCGAGUCGCCUUCAGACCGUUUCUGGGUGCCUCGUACCCUCGCAUUCUGGACCCAUCCCGGAUGACUGCGCCGAACACUUUCUUCUCCAAGCUAUUGUGACCCGGAGCUGCAUACUUCAAUAGUUACGGAGACAACAAGGAGUGAAUUGAUGAAGGAUUUGAUUAGGCACACUACACGUGAUCUUUGUGAAUAUGUAGAGUUAUACUAUCCAAGUUAUAUUAUCUAGUUGUCGUGUUCAGCCGUCCUUUGGUUCGUGCCGCUCUCUGGCUCCAAUUUAUAGACAAGUUCUGUCGCUUCCCAUUUCAUCAAUGUGUAUUAUAUUUAUGAUUACAUUCCUGAAAAAAGAUAUCAUGAUAAUAUUUAGGAAAUACGGAAUUUGUAAUUUUAAUAGGGAAUUGUUGUGUAAAUAUUGAUAUUGUAAAUAGAUUCUGUGGAAUAUGAUUUGUAGGUGAUACAUGUUUGUGGUCACUCUCAUGAGUAUUGGAGUAUUACGAAAAAGGAAUAAUGAAUUCUCUCUAAUAAUAUAUUUACUUGGAGAAAACAAUUAGAUAUUAACAAAAAUUGUCUUGAAAUUAUUCUGACAUGUACUUACGUUAUUUAAACUUCGGAAUAUUUAGGCAUUAACAUGACGAUCGAUAAUAAA